GAGACACAAAACAAGUAGAUUAUUGCGUGAUGAAAUCAUUACAUGACUGGAGAUGUGAAAUUCAGGUGUAGAAAGUAAAAAACCUGCCAACCUUUAGUUUCAGCCACUGGUGUUUUUCUCGUGCUCAAGCAGGUAAACGAGCUCGAGCAUCAUUUACCUGCUUGAGCACGAGAACCAAUGCUGCAGACUGUAGCUUACCUGCUGGUUCAGUAGAAACACCCGUAGCUAAACCCACAUUGUUGAAGGGUUUUGACUUUCUGGACCUGCAUUUACCUUCUCUGAACAAGUUUGACGUCGUUUCGAGUGGAAUUGGAAUGGAAAUGCCACUUCCGCUUUCGAACUUUUCAAAGGAGGAGUUUGCUAAAUUUACAUCGCUCACCUGAAGCACACUUAACUUUCUUUAACGCCAGCUGGCCGGUCGGCCAACUACCCCGACAGGAACAAACACAGGACGGAAGCUCUCAGGCCUGACACCCAUGGCCGAGCCCGAAGAGGCCCACGCAUUCUGGGAAAGGUACGAGAGGAACCUCGCCAAAGGUCUCAAGCGACGCAGCUACUGGGGUGACAGGUCCCCCGCUGGAGGCACCCAUGGCUGUCCCAGUCGCGAUAUCCUGAAGGUGGGCGUCUUUCUGCUGACCUCGGCGAUCUUCUUCCCCUUCCUGGUGUGGGGGGGGUUUGUCUUUUUGCCCUUUGAUGCCCCCCUGCUGGACAGCGCACCCCUCAGGAUGCUCUACGUGUUACGCUGCUCCGUCUUUGGUGCCACGCCGGUCGCCCUGGGCUGGCUGGCGGUGGGCGUAGCACGUCUCAGGUUUGGUGUGGUUAGGCCGCUUUUGGACGAAACGGAGGUGGCGGCGGAUGUUGAGGACCUCAGCGUUCACAGGAACUACACUCGUCAGUCUGUCAGCCUCUUCCUGCUGUACUUUCUGCAGCUGGUAGUCAUGGCAAUGUACCUGAGCCAAGAGCAGCUGAAGCUCGUGCCUCUGCUCGCCCUCGUCUUCGCCUUGGGACGGGCGGUUUAUUGGCUGGCCGCCGCGUUGGGCAGCAGCGUUCGCGCUUUUGGACAGGGCUUGUCCUUGCUGCCCAGUCUGGCCAUGAUGACAGCCAACUUGGUGUUCGUCUUCACGGCGGAAUCGUCUGCAUACCUGUGGAGCUCGCCCCAGCGUACCGACGCCACGGCGCCUGUGGGCCACCAGAGGUUCUGGGGAUGAAAAGCAGCAAGAGUUGCAGCGAAACAAUUGCGGUGACAUCAGCUUGACCUUGCAGUUUUUCAAGCAUUUGCUUGGUGCUUUCAUAAUAAAACAAAUUAUUCUCACUAUGAA